GCCGCGCCGCCUCGGGAGCCCGCGCGGGCCUUGCAGAAAUGAAUUGAAGGUUCAAAUCCCUCCUUGGCCAAUUUCUACGACUGCGAGUUUGAGAACUGCUUUCCCUUCUCCUUGUUCCUAAAAUAUCCUAAAGUGAAGCAGCCAGGAGUCAUCUUGGUUUUCCAGUGCAGGACAGUAAUAUCUGGGGAAAGGAAACUGCUCUCUGAGAGUGUGUCAGCUUGUCUUUGUACAGUCUGGAGAUCCUGGGCCAGGACUCCUGGGAAUUCUAGAGCAGGGGUUUUUUUGUUGUUCCUGACUGUAUCCCCUGCGCCUAGAACUGAGACCAGCACACAGUAAGCUUGUUGAAGGAAGCUGUCCAGCAGUCCUCCAGAAACUCCGUGGAGAGGCCAGAGUUGGAUUCCACUGGGGUGUCUCCAGCUGCGGGAGGUCCGCCAUGUCGGCGUCCCGGUUGCACACGCUGCAGCUGCUGUUCCUGCUGGGCACGUCGUGGGCGCGGGCAGGUGCCCCGCGCUGCACCUACACCUUCGUGCUGCCCCAGUAUAAGUUCACUGGCGCCGCGUGCUGGAGCGGGCAGACGGCCGCGCACCCGGCGCCCGAGGCCAUGAACGCCAGCGAGGUAGCAGCUCUGCGCGUGCGCGUGGGCCGCCACGAAGAGCUGUUGCGCGAACUUCAGCGGCUGGCGGUGGCCGACGGCGCCGUUGCCGGGGAGGUGCGCGCACUGCGCAAGGAGAGCAGCGGUCUGAGCAUGCGCCUGGGUCAGCUGCGCGCGCAGCUGCAGCACGAGACGGGGGCGGAGCCGGGCCCGGGGGCGGAGCCCGCCGCGGCGCUGUCCCUGCUGGGGGAGCGCGUGCUCAACGCGUCUGCCGAGGCGCGGCGCGCCGCCGCCCGCUCCCACCAGCUGGAAGUCAAGUUUCGCGAGAUGGCGCAGCUGGUCAGUCAGCAGAGUGGCCUCAUCGCCCGCCUGGAGCGCCUGUGCACUGCGGGCGCGGGCGGGCAGCAGCAGGUCCUGCCACCACCCCUGGUGCCUGUGGUUCCAGUCAGUCUGGUGGGAGGCGCCAGUGAAACCAGCAGGAGGCUAGACCCAGUCCCAGAGUCCCAGAGAGACCAGACCCUGAGACAGCAGGGGCCCUUGGCCUCCCCCAUGCCUGCAGGGCACCCUGCUAUCCCCACCAAGCCAAUGGGCCCAUGGCGGGACUGUGCAGAGGCCCACCAGGCAGGCUACACGCAGAGUGGAGUCUAUGAGCUGCGACUGGGCCGGUAUGUGGUGUCUGCAUGGUGUGAGCAACAGCUGGAAAGUGGAGGCUGGACUGUGAUCCAGAGGCGGCAAGAUGGCUCUGUCAACUUCUUCACUACCUGGCAGCAUUACAAGGUGGGCUUUGGGCAGCCAGAUGGGGAAUAUUGGCUGGGCCUUGAACCUGUGUAUCAGCUGACCAGCCGUAGGGAUCAUGAGCUGCUCGUACUCCUAGAGGAUUGGGGGGGACGUGGAGCACGCGCCCACUAUGAUGGUUUCUCCUUGGAGGCUGAGAGUGACCACUACCGCCUAAGGCUUGGCCAGUACCAUGGAGAUGCAGGAGACUCUCUUUCCUGGCACAAUGACAAGCCGUUCAGCACCGUGGAUAGGGACCGUGACUCCUAUUCUGGUAAUUGCGCCCUGUACCAGCGAGGAGGCUGGUGGUACCAUGCCUGUGCCCACUCUAACCUGAAUGGUGUGUGGCACCAUGGUGGCCACUACCGCAGCCGCUACCAGGAUGGUGUCUACUGGGCCGAGUUUCGUGGUGGGGCUUACUCUCUCAAGAAGACCGCCAUGCUGAUCCGGCCGCUGAGGCUGUGACCAUCUAUCCCAGGAGACAUUUGUCAGCAAGAACCCAAGUUCUCUUUGCCACACCUCCUCUGUGGCCCUCUGUGGGCCAUGUCCCUCAGACCUUUCCAUGUGGAUCUGCUCCCCAGGGCCCUGAAAAUGGGACCCAGGACUCCCCAAUAUCUCAGACCCAGACGUCUCCCCAAGGGCAUUUAGAUCUUGGUUUGAGCUCAUAUUUUAUAACAACACAAAAUAUCCACAGACCGUGUCUGGUUUGCAUCUGCACCCAGCAGGGGUCACUCCCCAUGCCCGGCCUCCUCCUCCUCUUCCUCCUCCUCCUCCUUGAGGUCUUCCAGGAUAAGGUUGUCCAGGUCAUCGAUGAGGCCCCCCUGGCUCAGGCAGGUGGCCACGGUGGAGCCACUGCUGAUGUGGGGAUUGCUGGGGUGCAGAACUUUGGGCAGAUGAUUCUGCUUCCGGCUCUUGGGGUGCGCACAGGAAGUCCCAGGCACAUGGGGCUCUGGGAAGGGAGAGGUUCUGAUGUCAUGGCCUUGCAGCCACACAAGACUCUGGGGGCAAGGGAAGGGGCUGAAUCCAUAUGGAAUUUAGAGGUGAAAAUCACAGGUGUCAAGCCACAGGAGACCCAGGAUCAUAGGUGGUACCUGAGACUAUAGGAGACAAGACAAUAGCCAAGAAUGCAGACAGGCAGAGACUGUGGGAACACUGGGAUGUGAAACCAUGGAGCUUCAAGGGCAAGACCACAGAAGGUGACUGAUGCUAUGGGAAGUGGUUGUUAGGAGGGGCAGGUGACCUGGCAAUGGGAAGCCACAGAGACUUAGGGGGUGGUGGAAGGCACAAGGAAGGGAGGCUGAUGCCAUGGGAAAUAAAGUGGCCUCAGGGACCAAGGCCACAGGAGGAACAUGGAAAAAGCAGGUAGAGACCUUGGUUCUCAAGGCCACAGAGGUAUAUGUCCCAGGAGUGAAGACCAAGAAGACCCCCUUGCAGAUGGGGGAGGUCACUGGGAUGCACUGGGACCUCACCUCGCCGGUUGUAGCAAUCAGCAGCUGAGCAGGAGUGGGUAUGGGUGCUGCGGCGAUCCGUGUCUCGGUCCCAGCGAGGAGGGAGGAUCCGUGUUGGAAACACAGGAAAGCCGCACCCGUAGCAGGGAGACGG